CAGUAGAAGACUGUGGUUGUACUGAAGGUGGACCCUGAGCCAUAACCUCUGACCUUGUGUUCCAGAUGACGGACCCUACGGGAAGAAUAAAGACCUCACUGGACCCGACCACGUCCUGAGCUCCAGACGACACAGCAUCCCAGCGGUGCGUGGGGUGACCAUGGUGGAGCUGGUGAAGAGGGAGGGCAGCACGCUGGGGCUCACAAUCUCAGGAGGGACUGACAAGGAGGGGAAACCCCGGGUAUCCAACCUGCGGCCAGGGGGGCUCGCUGCCAGGAGUGACCAGCUAAAUGUGGGGGACUACAUCAAAUCGGUGAACGGUAUUAACCUGACGAAGCUACGCCACGAAGAGAUCAUUAGCUUACUGAAGAAUGUCGGAGAGAGAGUACUGCUGGAGGUAGAAUAUGAACUGCCCCCUACAGCCCCAGACAGUUCUACGGGGCUGAUCUCCAAGACGAUAGACAUCUGUUUAAAUAAGGAAGGGAACAGCUUUGGAUUGGUCCUCAGAGGUGGUUCCCAUGAUGACUGGCAUAAGUCCCGCCCCCUUGUGGUGACCUAUGUAAGGCCAGGAGGCCCAGCAGACAGAGAGGGGACCCUGCGUCCUGGGGACCGUCUGCUGAACGUGGACGGGGUCCCGCUCCACACCUCCUCCCACUGUGAGGCCCUCAGCUUCCUGUCCCAGUGCGGUCAUGAGGCGCUCUUCCAGAUAGAGUACGAUGUCGCCAUCAUGGACACUGUGAACAAUGCCUCCGGUCCGCUAUUGGUUGAGAUUGCCAAAUCGCUCGGGGCAACGCUGGGCAUCACGCUGACAUCAGCCACUCACAGAAACAAGCAGGUCAUCAUCAUCGACCGCAUCAAGCCUGCCAGCGUGGUGGACAGGUGCGGGGCGCUCCACGUGGGGGACCACCUGCUGUCCAUCGAUGGGACGUCUACAGAGCACUGCUCUGUGCUGGAGGCCACCCAGCUGCUGGCCUCCACCUCUGAGCUGGUCAAACUGGAGGUGCUCCCCGCCCACCACUCCCGCCUCGCCGGGAAACACAACGACACUGUGAAGGUCCAAAAGUCGGACCACCCCCACUCCUGGGAUGCCUGUCUGACCUUUGGCCAAACCCCCAACUCCACCCUCUGUAACACAAGCUCCGCCCUCCACAAGUGCUGGAGCGCCUCCAACAACAACACCAUCAGCAGCCUGGACUACUGCAAAUCUCUGGUCUCUGCUAGUUUCUCUCCAAGCUCGACCUCCACGUCCGGCCCCAGCAGUCAGAGCUCCAGCACACUGCCCAGGACUACAGUUCCCAUGAGCCCCCGAAACUCGCUGCUGAAACGACGACAGAGGAAGAAGGAGCACAAGAGCUCCUUGUCCCUGGCCUCCAGCUCGGUGGGCCCGGGGGGGCAGGUGGUCCACGUGGAGACGGGGGAGGUGGUCCUGAUGGGGGACCCCCUCAACGGCUUCGGGGUCCAGCUGCAGGGGGGCAUCUUCGCUACGGAAACGCUCUCGGCCCCCCCGCUCAUACGCUUCAUAGAGCCAGACAGCCCCGCGGAGAGUUGUGGCCUCCUACAGGUGGGGGACCGCCUCCUGUCAAUCAACGGGAUUGCAACAGAGGACGGAACGUUGGAGGAAGCCAAUCAGCUGCUCCGAGACGCGGCACUGACCAAUCGGGUGGCCCUGGAGAUAGAGUUUGACGUGGCAGAGUCUGUGGUGCCUAGCAGCGGUACUUUCCAUGUUAAGCUACCCAAGAAAAGAGGAGUGGAGCUGGGCCUCACAAUAAGUGCCAGUAAGAAGCCAGGAGAGCCCCUCAUCAUCUCUGACAUCAAGAAGGCCAGCAUGGCUCACAGGACGGGUACCCUGGAGCCCGGGGACAAGCUGCUGGCCAUCGACAGCGUGCGGCUGGAGAGCUGCUCCCGGGAGGAGGCGGAGCAUAUCCUGCAGCAGUGCGAGGACCUCGUCAAGCUCAAGAUACGCAAGGACGAGGACAACUCAGAUGAGCAGGAGACGUCGGGCAGCAUCGUGUACACGGUGGAGCUGAAGCGGUAUGGAGGGCCUCUGGGCAUCACCAUCUCAGGCACCGAGGAGCCCUUUGACCCCAUCACCAUCUCUGGUCUGACCAGGAGGGGCCUGGCCGAGAGGACGGGAGCUAUCCAUGUGGGAGAUCGUAUCCUGGCCAUCAACAGUGUGAGUCUGAAGGGGAAGCCGCUGAGCGAGGCCAUCCACCUGCUGCAGAUGGCCGGGGAGACGGUCACCCUGAAGAUCAAGAAACAGCUGGACAACGGAGAGGAGAGGAAGGGGGAGGAGGGGGAGGAGGGGGAAGAGUCCAUGGAGAACGACCUCAGUGACCCUGAGGACGAUUUGACAGACAGCCAGCAGACCAAUCAGCUGUCAGAGCUCUACUCCACCACCAUCCCCAGUGUGGACUCCGCCCUGGAGUCCUGGGACGGCUCCGGGCUGGACGCUGGCUACGGCAGCCAGGGUACAUACAGCCAGCAGGCGGCAGGUCUUGCUCUGCACCCUCAUGAGUGGCGCUGCGCCAGACAGCCCGGCAGCCCGCCCCCUGCUGGCCGCAGGAAGAACUACCCCUUCAGCGACGGAGGAUUCAGCGAGGACGAUUGGGACAAGGGACCAGGCUACAACAGCCAGCAGCCAGACGGUGUUCUUCUGGACCCAGAGGACAGUUUCUGGUGUCAGGCUCUGGAGGACCUGGAGACCUGCGGCCAAUCAGAACUCCUCCGAGAGAUAGAGGCGUCCAUCAUGACUGGCUCGGCCAUCAGUCUGGGUGUGGACGGAGUCCCAAAAGCCGGCCAAGACCCCCUACUGAGCCUCGGCCGAAUCAGCCCCCUGAGCAGGAACUCCCUGCUGCAUCAGGGAGCUCACCUCCACGAGGAGGCCCACCUCCACCAUGAGCACCAGCUGCACCAGGAGGCCCUGCUACACAAAGAGGCACAGCUGCACCAGGAGGCCCACCUGCGCCAGGAGGCCAAUCUGCGCCAGGAGGCCCAUCUGCACCAAGAGGCCCACCUGCACCAGGGGCACCACCUGCUCCAGGAGGCCCACCUGCACCAAGAUGCCCGUUCCCCUCACCUGCACCAGGAUUCCAAAUCCAAGGCCUCCCUCAGGGUGUCAGAGAGGACGUGGGAGUCACGCCGGAUUAAAGAGGAGAUGCAGGAGAUCCUUUCUCCAAACCCCCUGGAGCUACACAAGGUGACGGUGAUGAAGGACCCGGAGAGCGAUGACUUUGGCUUCAGCGUGUCUGACGGCUUCCUGGAGAAGGGGGUUUACGUCAACAUGAUCCGGAACGACGGGCCGGCUGACCGCUCCGGCCUCAGGCCCUACGACCGGAUCCUACAGGUGAACCACGUGCGGACCAGGGACUUUGACUGCUGCCUGGCCGUGCCCCUCAUCACUGAGGCUGGAGACCGUCUGGAGCUGGUGGUCAGCCGGAACCCCCUGGAGGACAAUAAUAACACCAUGGACCACCAGCUAGACCUGUAGCGUGAACACACACACACGCGCGCACACGCACGCACGCACGCACGCACGCACGCACGCACGCACACACACACACACACACACACACACACACACACACACACACACACACACACACACACACACACACACACACACACACACACACACACACACACACACACACACACACAACUAGCUCAAUUCACAACGCACAAUCCUGUUGUGUUACCGAGCAUCCCACCAAUGUGCCACAUUUCAAUACAAAUUCCCUGACACGGCACAAAUCACAUAGUGAACAUAAUGCAGUCAAUGCAAAAAGAAAACUGAUCAAUUUCAAAUAGGAAGGCACAUUCACCGAUUGCUAAGAGAUCUACAGCACAUUGAGGUCUUCUCUCUGGUCCACCAGAUCUGUGAAUUUUUCUCCAGCAGAGUGCAACAAUCUCUGUGAUGUUUCAGCCAACUGCCUUACUUUCGAACAUGGUCACCUAAUUUUAACAGGACUCCCUGUGACUACGGUUGGCUGAUUUUAGUUGGACUUAUUCGAGGAGACGUUAAGAACUUCGAGGCUCAAAGCACUUUGUGACGGACAUGUCCAAGGCAACUGUCCAGGUCGGAGAUGUAGCAAGGAAUUUGAUCUGUUUUUGCUGCUGCGCCUUGGACCGCUUCCCCAGAAGAAUCCAUGUGAAAAAAAAAAAACUAACCUCACUCUUCUCUUCCAGCCUUGUAUUUUUCUUACAAGGAGUCAUCCGACCACUAGCUCUAGAACUCUCUCUGUCGUAGUAAUGCACGAAAUCCCUGGUUUGUGAAGUCUUCGUCUCGGAUGACGUUUUUGUUGCCGUUUGUCUUCACGCAGACACUGUCUAGAACCCAGAACAGAUGUUUUAGUUUUUUUGUUCUUCGGUGACCGAUCAGUGCCCAGGAUUUGAAACAUCUUCUCAGAGCGUACGACAUUGAGGCUCAUGCCUACGCUACAAAGACAAAAGAACGCUGAUGUUUGAGUUUCAGCUGUUACCGCACACUGAACGAUUUCGGUAAAAGCAUAGAAGGGACUAUCCAAUUGCUAUCCUCAAUGUUUUUGUAAAUCAAACCAUAAUUAAUUUAAUUUUUUGAGUUCUCUGUGAUGCAGGUUGAGCAUGGAGUCACAAUCAGGUAAUUAUAACUGGUUAUAAUUAUAAAUGGUCUGAUUGGUUCUAAUUUUGGACCAAUCAGAACCACUGGUUGUAAUAGCAUGUAUUUCUUCAGAGGUGUCCAGUGUUGAGUUGGUGUAAAUGUCACCAUGGAGGUCCCAACAACAUCCCUACAAGGGGCUGUCCCCAUGAGCAUAGGAGACCAGAGACACAGUCAUGAACACACUUAUUUUACAGGAACACACACACACACACACACACACACACACACACACACACACACACACACACACACACACACACACACACACACACACACACACACACACACACACUCACUUAUACUCCCCCCCCCCCCCCCCCCCCCCCACACAAACAUUUUCUGUAUCCCCCCCUCCUCCCUGCCCCCCCCCACACAUAAACAUGCACAGUAGCUCUCUCACACAUACACGUGAACAUAUGCACAGACAAACACAUACAAACACAGACACACACACAGACGUAUACUUAUAAACACAUACACAAACACACAUACUAUCACGCACAUUCUAUAAUAUAUAAACAUACUGUGCGUGUGUGUGUGUGUGUGUGUGUGUGUGUGUGUGUGUGUGUGUGUGUGUGUGUGUGUGUGUGUGUGUGUGUGUGUGUGUGUGUGUCUAUGUGUAUGUGUGUGUGUGUGUGUUUGCUAUGUAUCUGGGCUAUGAGGGCUAUGCAGUGAUACAGAACGAAUAUGAGGUGAGAACAACUGUGUGUGUGUUUGUUGAGUGUUUCAUCGAGAAGAAGCAUAUCCUCUGUUUGGUUUUCAGUGUAUCUUUCUCUCUCAUUUUCUCUUUCUCUCUUUUGCUCAGUCCCUCUCUCUCUCUCUCUCUCUCUCUCUCUCUCUCUCUCUCUCUCUCUCUCUCUCUCUCUCUCUCUCUCUCUCCCCCUAUCACUUUUUAUCUUGUCUCUCUCUCUCUCUUUCUCGCUCUCUUCCCCUGUUCAGUCAUCUUGUUACAUAAGACAAUCAGAGUCCAACCACUCCCUGAGUGUGUGUGUGUCUGUCUGUGUGUGUGUGUGUGUGUGUGUGUGUGUGUGUGUGUGUGUGUGUGUGUGUGUGUGUGUGUGUGUGUGUGUGUGUGUGUGUGUGUGUGUGUGUGUGUGUGUGAGUGUCUGUGUGUGUGUGUGUGUAUCUGUGCGUGUGUUUGUGUGUGUGUCUGUGUCUGUGGGUGAUGGGGUUCAUAAAGAUAGUUCAUGAAAGAAAGAGAGUGUUUGUGUGUGUCUGUGGGAAAGAGUGAUAGGCCAUGUGUGAGUGAGGCCUGAGCGUGAGCGAGAGAGAGACACGCACACACAUAGUAAGUGAGUGCAUAUGUGUGUGACAAAGAAAGAAAGACAGUGUGUACAUUCAUCGCACAUUCCUCCUCUUUUGCCCCCUCUCUUCUAUGUAUUCUAGAUCUACAACAGUGACUUUGUUCUGUCUGGCUAGACAUAUGCCUGAAUGAACAAUAUUCAAUAGUAAUGCAUUCAUUAUUCAAUAAAAAUGCAUUAUUAUUCAAAAGUCGAUGAAUUUAUUGACAUGGAGAACAUACAAUGCUUAUUUCACCUGAAGCACUUACAAAAAAGCACACUGUUUAUUAACCGUUGUACUUUCCUGUUUCAUGUUUGAGUGUUUUCUACAAAAUAUGUCGACGAAAAGACAAACAUUUAAAGAAUCAUACAAAAGUUGAAAUACUGAUAUAAAAAAAGCCUUUUUCAAUUAUGUGUGUGUGUGUGCAUGCAGGGGUCUGUGUGUGUGUGGGGGGGGUGUGUGGGUGCAUGAGUGCGUGUGUCAGUGUGUGUGUGUGUGUGUGUGUGUGUGUGUGUGUGUGUGUGUGUGUGUGUGUGUGUGUGUAUAUAUUUGGCCAUCCAUACCCUAUGCAUUAUCCAGUCAAGGUCAGUAUAACAGCCCAAUCCGGACAGGAGACAGUGGACAAAGGCUUUUCACUGGUUGGAGGAUUUCAAAAGAUGCAUUGUGAUUGGCGAGAGAAACAAGCGAUUGCAGCCAAUCACUGCUCGCUUAAAGCCCUUUACUAUAUAUAUAUAUAUAUAUAUAUAUAUAGCCAUUUCAAAUGGUGGUGUUUGUAUAUGUAUACAGCACAGAGGAAGAAAAAUGGUUGAGGUAAAGGCCGACAUUCGAAAUGGAAAGGGACAUUUACACUAGAGAUCUAAGGGGAUGUGAGUUUGUUUGUUGACCAUGUCAAAUUGACUUCAGUCAUUUCUCUCUCAAACUGCUUGGCAGCCUAUUGUAACAGAGAGGUGCAUUGAGGUUCCCUGGGGGUCCCCUGGAGAUCGUUGGGGUCAGAGAGGGUAGGCUGAAGGUCAUCAGGGGUUGGGUUCCGGAUUGGGCUCAGAAACCUACCAUGUGUGCUGAUAUGGUGUAUUUUUUCACAUGUGUAAAGUUCUAUUCUAUGUAAAAUAGUAUUUUUCUAUGAUAUUACUCUUCCGCUGAGAAGGAACGGAAGCACAUGCGCGUGGCCACAGGAGGGGAAAACAAAGUGUGUCGGUGUUGUUGUUUUGGGUGUCAUUUUGGUGGUUUUUUAAAGAUUCAAAGAGUGUACUGCGAUACUUCUCUUUUAAGAAGAAUUCAAUAAUAGGUUCAAGAUGAAAUUAUGAGGAAAAAUUAACAUAAUAAAAUGGUUUUAUUUUA